UCCAUAUCCGGCCACUGCUAUUUGAGGGCAAAGUCGAGCGCUUCCGAGGCGCGUGAGGGUUUCGUCACAUCCGGUGUCCUUCUCCCUUCAGAGCGGCGGCGUGGUAAGGAGCGCGAGUCAAGAAAGCAAGGAAGCGAAGGGCGAUCUGUUGAAGGUUGCCAUGGCUCAAAGUCUGAAGGAUUUUGCAGGCCGCCUGCCUGCUGGCCCCCGUGGCAUGGGCACUGCCUUAAAGCUGCUUUUGGGAGCUGGAGCUGCUGCCUAUGGCAUCCGUGAAUCUGUCUUUACAGUGGACGGUGGCCAGAGAGCGAUAUUCUUCAAUCGUAUUGGGGGGGUUCAGCAGGACACCAUUCUUGCAGAAGGACUGCAUUUCAGAUUGCCUUGGUUCCAAUAUCCAAUCAUUUAUGAUAUUCGAGCUCGGCCUCGCAAGAUAUCCUCACCAACAGGCUCCAAAGACCUGCAGAUGGUGAACAUCUCUUUGCGAGUUCUGUCACGGCCCAAUGCUGCAGAAUUACCCAGUUUAUACCAGCGCCUCGGUAUGGACUAUGAAGAACGGGUCUUGCCUUCCAUUGUCAACGAAGUGCUCAAAAGUGUGGUGGCGAAGUUUAAUGCCUCCCAGCUCAUUACCCAACGAGCUCAGGUAUCUCUGCUUAUUCGUCGGGAGUUGACAGAGCGGGCGAAGGAUUUUAGCCUUAUUCUUGAUGACGUAGCCAUCACAGAGCUGAGCUUCAGCAGGGAAUACACAGCAGCAGUUGAAGCUAAGCAAGUGGCUCAGCAAGAAGCACAGAGAGCUCAAUUCCUGGUGGAGAAAGCUAAGCAGGAACAAAGGCAAAAGAUUGUUCAGGCUGAAGGGGAAGCCACUGCUGCCAAGAUGAUAGGUGAAGCUCUCGGCAAGAACCCAGGCUAUAUCAAACUGCGCAAGAUCCGUGCUGCCCAGAACAUAUCCAAGACGAUUGCAUCGUCUCAGAAUCGUGUUUAUCUUACUGCUGACAACUUAGUGCUGAAUCUACAGGAUGAAGGUUUUACUAGGUGAGGAGACUUGUAGAGAUCCAAAUUACAAAACUUCUUUAGUGGGGUGUUCUUCUGGAGUGGCCCUUAACAUGCUACAUCUGCUGAAUAUGAUUCAGGACAAUGACAAUUGUGUGGCUUGUAGGUUGUGUGGAGCCCUCACCAGACUCUCCCUCUCUUCCCCAAAAUACAGCCUUGAAAUGGCUGCAUGUCCCUAGAAACAUCUAAAAGGAUACUGAUAGAUCAUUUAAAACAGACAUGGCAAACUGGUAGGCUGUUAGGAAUUGUGGGAGUUGAAGUCCAAAACACCUGGAGGACCCAAGUUUGCCCAUGCCUGAUUUAAAGCAUGUUUUGAGAGGCCAUCCAACUUGAUCUAAGGCUAAAAUGCUCCCUAUUUCAAAAUCCAAAAGUGAUAUGGUCAUUGCGAUUUUUGAAAAGAGAUAUGUGUUUGGAUAAUCGAGGUGCAGGGUGAGUGAAAGCAAGGGGAACCUCAAGCAGCUGCCUGCACAUGAUUUAAGGGAGCUCUGAAAGCACCAUUACAUCUCUUGGAGGUGGUUGUGAGCAGGAAGCCUUGACAUAAGCUGCAUUAAGUUUUUUUGGAGUAAGACUAGUAUACACCUUAUUUUUUGGAGUAUUAUUCAAUCGUACUUGUUCUCUGAAGUAUAUUAGAUUCUCCCCUCACUCUCCUUUCAAGCACACCAAAACUUCCCUUCUCCCUAUGAUAUAUAAAACUUUUCUAGAUCUAACACUUUUUUUUUCUUCUGUCCCAUUUCCCUUCCCCUUCUCUCAACGGAUGCAGAGGAAGGUAAGAUACACUAUUUAUUCCAUGACUUCAUUAGUGGGGAAUAGUAAGGCAUAGUUCUUGUGUUUUGCCCUCACAUUCUAAGCAUGGCCGACAACAGCUUGGGACUGGUUGCUCCUGAGUAAAGUAGACCUAUAAAAGCAAUUGUUGAAUGGGGAUUCUUCAUGUAAAUGUAGUUUAUUUGUGGUUCUACUCUAUUCAGGGUUAACAGGAUUUAGACCAUAAUCAUUUUAGUAAAUUAAAAUACCUUUAAGUGGGUAAUAAGCCUUAUGGUUCUAGUAGAGAUGGGAGUGAAAGAAGAAUUAUGUGGAAAUCGUGAAGUUGCAGAGGAUGGGACUGGUGAAAGUUUUUUUUUCCAUGUCAGGAGCGACUUGAGAAACUGCAAGUCGCAUCUGGUAUGAAAGGAUUGGCCGUCUGCAAGGAUAUUGCCCAGGGAUGCCUGGAUAGUUGAUGUUUUACCAUCUUGUGUGAGGCUUCCCUCAUGUCCCUGAAUAGGGAGUUAGAGCUGACAGACAGGAGCUCACCUCGCUCCCUGGAUUCAAACCUUUGACCAGUUCUGCUAAUAUAAGGGUUUUUAACCCAUUGCACCACUGGGGGCGCCAUUGGAGAAGGUGAAAGGAUUGGAUUUAGUUUCUUCUGAUCCUUGUCCUGAGCAAUAUCAAUGAGAAUAAAGUGAUAAGUGUUUUAAUAAUUGGAUAAAGAAGCUGCAUAAAAAAGUAAAUAGAGAAGUGUACAAUGGAAGAGUUUUCCUCCCAAGUAGAACUAAGUUGGGAAGAAUGAAAAAGUGAGCAAAGCAUGUGAAGCAAAGGGUACAAAAUGGCACAAACAGGAAAAACUAGAACACAAUUGAUUUUGUAAGAGCCUUUUGCAAGAAGACAUGGUGAUCAUUGAACUCUUCGUUAGUGAAACCAGGCACCCAAAAGCUAUAAUUGCUCCGCUUCUCAUAAUUACAUAAACAUAGAGCCAGAAGCCUGAAUACUUUUGGUAAUCCUGGCAAGAGUAAAUUUAUUUAAUCCAUGGAAUUUACAAAAAAAAAGCUGAGUGACAUUCAGUUGGUUCAUUGGGUGUCCUUGGUAGAAUUCAGCCCAGAAACGAGGUAAAUACUCCUACAUUUCAACAAUGAAAAUUGUGUGGACCUCCAGAUUUUUUUUUUCUGGACUAGGCCCAACAGCCCUUGCCAUCAUAGCUAAUGAGGAGGAAUGUUGGGAUUUGCAGUCCCAGCAACAUUUGGAGAGCCAGCUGCCAUGUCAAGAUGACCUUGAGUGAGUUCUUGGUCUCUAUAUGUUGUGCAUGUUUCUCACAGUGCUUUGAUAUCUUUGUUUUCUGCUUGCAGUGACAGUCUCCUGAUAAAGCAGGUGAAAAAAUGAAUUGGCGACGGCCUCCUAGGACCCUCCAAACAGGGAGCAUGGUAAUCAUGGACAGCCUCAGCAGUGCCCUACACAUAUUUUCUGCCCAUACGCAUUCUCCUUGGCCUGGGCAUUGUUUUGAGUUCUCAUCUUCUAUCAAUUUCCCAGCCCACCAAGAGUUCUUUCUGACUAAUCUGGGUUCUAUUCUUGAGAGUUUGACGAUGACAUGAGGGAGAGACCAACAUGGGAAAGAGACUGUGCUCCACUGAACUGGUCCAUCUCAACCUAAAGGAUUGGGGCCAAGUAGGCAGCAGAGUGGAUGCAUGAGGCUAUCUUCUCUGUGGACUUACAUAGACCAUAUUAUUGCUCUCCUCUGCCUGCUGGGCCUGAGUGAAGCCUUAUACACAACAAAGGCUGUCAUCUCAGUGGGUGUCCCCUCUGCCCUCUAUUGAGCAUCCUAUCUCAGGAAUAGGGGGCUGUGUAGCUUCUAUAAUUGCUGUGUUCAUUCAUGUAAAUUCUAUCGCCUUGUAAUUCACAUCUUUAUACAAAAUAAAAUCAGGUCUAAAAUUUA